AUGAAAUAAAACUCAUAGUUUUAAUAGAGUUAGGAUUUUAAAUGUAGAGAUCAUCCUGAAAAUCUUGCUCUUUUCUGGUGUAGAUCAAAAGAUUGUAAUGAGAAUAGAAUUUUCUGUCUGAAUUGUCAAAAAUAGAAUAAACAUAUCCAGCAUUAUAAUGAAGAUGUUCUUAGUAUUCAUGAAUUAACUUAAUUUUUAAUUAACUAAUCAAGACAACCACAAAAUCUUAUUGAAGAAUGUAAACUUUAAUAAUAAUCUACAAUUAAAUCAUUUGAUAAACUCAUUUCUGGUUUAUCAUACAAAUUUUGUGGAAUAGAAGAUAAAUUAAAUUAAUUUAAUCAUUAUUAAAUAUAAUAAGCUCUUGAUUCUUUGAUUAAAUUUGAUGAAUUUAAGAAUCAUAUGAAAAAUAAUAUUCUGGGAAUUUUAAAGAAAUAUUAGAAAAUCUUAGAUGAUCUUUUUAUUAAAUUAGAAUUACAUCUGAUUUAAUAUUAGAUUACUGAUGAAUAGAUUGAAUUCAAUAAAUAGGAAUAAUAAAAAGGUUUUGAUUAAUCUUUAUAUAGGUAUCUCUUUAAAUAAAAUUAAUAAAUAAAAUGAAGCAAUUUAGCUAUUUGAUAAGUUAUUAUUGAUUGAACCAUACAAUAUAGAAAUUAUGUAUUAAAAAGGUUAAUAAUUAUUAUUAAUAUAAGCAAAUUCAUUAAUUUAAUUAAAUAAGUUAUAGGAUGCAUAAUAAAUCUACUAAGAAAUAAUUUCAAUUAAUCCAAAACAUGAAAUAUCUUUAUAAAAAUUGGGUAUUUUGAUAAUUAUAAUAUUAAGGUGAUAUCUUAUUAAAUUAAAAGUUUUAUUUGUAAGCUUAAAAGUAUUAUGAAAAAUGUAUUUCAAUAAAUUUAAAUAAUUCAAUAGUCUAAUUUGGAAUAGGUUUUAUUUUUAUUAAUUAUCUUAAGGGGNCAUCUUCAUUAUAAUGCUGGAUAUGCUUUAUCAGCAUUUCCACAAUAAUCUAUUUAAUCGUUGCAUUGGCAUAUAGAAUAGUAUAGAAUUUUUAACAUUUAAUAUUUCUACAAUCAAUUCAAAAACAGAACAUGAUUUAUUAUGUUUCUAGGUUUUUUUCAAUACUUUUACAAGCAUAAAGAAUAAUAGGUAUUUACAUCUUUUAAGAGAUUGACGAUAUCCCAUCUUUAUAAUAAAUUUGGCCUAUAGAAGCAAUAAGAAAACAAUAUCAAACUCUUUCUAGAAUGAAUUGCAUAUAAUUAAGAUAAUUCUAGAGAAAUACGCUUUAGAUUGAUUUUUUAUAAUUUAUAAUAAUGAAAUAAAACUCAUAGUUUUAAUAGAGUUAGGAUUUUAAAUGUAGAGAUCAUCCUGAAAAUCUUGCUCUUUUCUGGUGUAGAUCAAAAGAUUGUAAUGAGAAUAGAAUUUUCUGUCUGAAUUGUCAAAAAUAGAAUAAACAUAUCCAGCAUUAUAAUGAAGAUGUUCUUAGUAUUCAUGAAUUAACUUAAUUUUUAAUUAACUAAUCAAGACAACCACAAAAUCUUAUUGAAGAAUGUAAACUUUAAUAAUAAUCUACAAUUAAAUCAUUUGAUAAACUCAUUUCUGGUUUAUCAUACAAAUUUUGUGGAAUAGAAGAUAAAUUAAAUUAAUUUAAUCAUUAUUAAAUAUAAUAAGCUCUUGAUUCUUUGAUUAAAUUUGAUGAAUUUAAGAAUCAUAUGAAAAAUAAUAUUCUGGGAAUUUUAAAGAAAUAUUAGAAAAUCUUAGAUGAUCUUUUUAUUAAAUUAGAAUUACAUCUGAUUUAAUAUUAGAUUACUGAUGAAUAGAUUGAAUUCAAUAAAUAGGAAUAAUAAAAAGGUUUUGAUUAAUCUUUAUAUAGGUAUCUCUUUAAAUAAAAUUAAUAAAUAAAAUGAAGCAAUUUAGCUAUUUGAUAAGUUAUUAUUGAUUGAACCAUACAAUAUAGAAAUUAUGUAUUAAAAAGGUUAAUAAUUAUUAUUAAUAUAAGCAAAUUCAUUAUUUUAAUUGAAUAAGUUAGAAGAUGCAUAAUAAAUAUAUUAAGAUAUAAUUACAAUUAAUCCAUAAUAUGAAUUCUCUUUAUUGAAAAUUGGUAUAUAUAUUACUAUAAUAAUUAGGUGAUAUCUUAAGACAUUAAAAUUCAUAUUAUUAAGCUUAAGAUUAUUAUGGAAAAUGUAUUUCAAUUAAUUAAAAUAAUUAAGAAGCUUAUUUUGGAAUAGGUUUUAUUUAAUUAUAUUUAUUAAGGGGAAUGUUUAAGAUAGACUUAUUAAUAUAAUCAUGCUUUGUCAUUCUAUCAAAAAGCUAUUGAAUUAGAUUAAUCUAAUUACAAAUAUUACUUUUAUUAUGGUUUAAUUUAAUCUUUAAAUUUUUAGGAGAUUGUCUAAGAUCUUUAUAAAGAUAUCAAGAAGCUAUCAAUUUUUAUGAUAAAGUCUUAAUUAAAGAUCAAAAUCAAGCAGAGACAAUGGCAGGAAAAGGUCUAAAAAAUUUAUUAAAUAAUUUUAGGAAUAUGUCUAGUAUUUUUAGGAUAGAUUGAUGAAGCAUAUGUAAUUAUUUCAAAGUCAUUUAAUUUAUAAAAUAAUUCUCUAUUAGGAUUAUAUGGAUACGGUAAAUUUUAAGUAGUAAAUCUUAGGAAUUUACUUAUUAUCAAAUAAUCGUAAUGAAGAAGCUUUUAAAUAAUUUGAUAAAGCUUUGUCCAUAAACCCAUAGCAUGAUGAUUCAUUGUGGGGAAAAGGUAAACUAAAUUAAAUUUAAGGUGUUUGCCUAAGAAUGAUGAGUUAUUUUUAAUAAGCAUUAGAAUGGUUCGAAAAGGCUUUGGCCAUAAAUCCAUAGCAUAUUUAUUCAUUAUGGGGAAAAGGUAAAUUAAAUUAAAUUAAAUUAAAGGUGAUUAUCUAAGAAUGACGAGUUAAUUUGAAUAAGCAUUAGAAUGGUACGAAAAGGCUUUGGCCAUAAAUAAAUAGCAUUUUGAUUCAUUAUGGGGAAAAGGUAGAUUGAAUUAAAUUAAAUUUAAGGUGAUUGCCUAAGAAUGAUUGAUUAAUUUGAAUAAGCAUUAGAAUGGUACCAAAAAGCUUUGACCAUAAAUCCAUAGCAUGUUUAUUCAUUGUGGGGAAAAGGUAAAUUAAAUUAAAUUAAAUUUAAGGUGAUUGUCUAAGAAUGAUUGAUUAAUUUGAAUAAGCAUUAGAAUGGUACGAAAAAGCUUUAGCCAUAAAUCCAUAACAUGUUUAUUCUUUAUGGGGAAAAGGUAGAUGGAGUUAAAUUAUUUUAUUAGCCUUUACUUUAUUAAAAUUUCAGCAAUUUGAUGAUGCCUAUUUUAUUUUCAAGUUAGCAAAAUAGAUAUUACCAAAUUAAGAAUUUAUUGAUGCAUUUUUAGGUAUUUCACUUUAUUUAGUAAAUUAGAGUAAUUCUCAAAUAUUUGA